AUGUCUCCUAAAGCAUUGGACGCACUAAAAUAUGGUUCAUCGGCUCCUACGAAAAAAAAACAAAAUACAAAAAAUUCUAAUAUUCAACCCUUAAGGAAUGUUGACAAUUCACUGCCUGCAAACGAAACUAACAUUGAUAAUAAUAAUGUUAUUGAUGCCGAUAAUAUUCAAGAAGAUGAGGUUGAAAGCCCACCUAGAUCUCCACUUAAUGAAAUUUCUAUUAAUUCAAUAGAAAAAUCAUCUGCCAGUGCAAAGCAUGGUUCCGAAUCAGUCAAUUGUUUACUAGAAAUGACCAAAAAAGUAUUGGAGCAAAAUACUUCGAUUAUGGAAAAACAGGGAGCAUUAGAGGUUAUGCUUACUCAGCUUGCCGAUAAAGUCAAAACUUUACAAUCUUCGCAUGAAAAUCUGAAAUCAAAGGCAAAAGAUAAUGAUAAUGAAUGGUGGCAGAAAGGAGCAACGCAAGGGAUCAAGUUCGCUGUGGAUAAUUGGCUUUAUCCCAACGAUAAAGUUUACGAAAAAUCUAUCAGAAAAGAGCUUGACGAUCUUUGUCCAGACAAGAUGGAACGAUACAAAAAAGCUUCCAAAUGGGAUGCUUUGUUUUGUAAAAUUGAAAAUUUGUAUCGUGGGGCAUUAUUUGGGUCUUUCCGCCGCUCUAUAUUUGAUUAUGUUUUUAAGAAAAAAAUUUCGCCGACUGUUAACUCUGAAAGUUCUGAAGCUGAAAUAUCUUCUUGGAAAUCAAGCGAAGAAGUGCAAUGGUGUCUUGAAAAUCUGGACACGAUGAUCGAAGAAGAUGACAAGAUGUAUCUUCAAAUGGUUGCCAAACGUGUAUUCGGAAGACAACCCACGAAAAAUCAGUAUGCUGUAACACGUGCAAUCUUGCAUAAUCUGCUCAACCCUGAAAUUACCAAAGUUAAGUUUGAUGAAAAAUACUUAACCCGAAAGUUGCAAUCUUUUUUGUGUGAUAUUAGUGAUGGUGAAGAUGAAUAUUCGAACGCAUCUGAUAGUGAAUAA